AUGGAAGAAUUUAGACUGGAAUAUGCCGAGGAUGACGAUAGUUAUGAUAGCGAUGACGGCCUGAUCUAUACGUGGAUUGAUGCUUCUAACGCUGCAGAUAACGUGUACCUCUCGUUGACAGCAGAGGCAAUCAAAGAAAAAGUUCUCGAGUUCGCAGAUAAUGCAGCAGGCGAACUUUAUCAUAUGGCUUAUGCGGGCAGUCCCUUAUGGAAACAUGAUGAUCUAGGAGAGCAGCUAGAUAGAGAGGUCUACAGAAACAGGUUCAUGAUUAACAAUAAGCGUCGUGAAGGAUUGGUUGUCGAGAUCCUUCGUCGUGCGCUUGACGACCCACGAGAAAUAUCGAGCUUGAUGAAACCACCAACGCAACCUAAGGCAACGGAAGCAUCAUGGGCUAGGGAAACUGUGCUUAAAACUCCUGUCGAACUUGUUAAUAUGUUCAUGGAUUCGGAGCAAUGGUUAGCAACCUUCUCAAAUAUCGUCUCCGACGCUAGUAUUCUUGGCAAGAUUGCAGACGAUGGGAACCCUGAUAGUUCUCUUAUAGCGAUGAAGGCUGAAUUCGGGUUACCGACCCCAAAUCCUACAAAGAGGGAAACAUACUUCUUGAGAAGAAGUAGAAAAGCGAAUGAGCAUCUCUGGUUGAUUGUUGAUGUCUCUUUAGACAUCACUUGUUUGAAGUACCACAGAAAGCCUUCAGGCUGUUUGAUUGAGCAAAUGGAUGAUGGAUUCUCAAGGAUAACAUGGGUAGAGCAUAACGAGCGAAGUACUAACGCAUACCUGAAUCAGCUGUUCCGAAAGCAUAUAUCAUCUGGUUUCGCGUUUUGUGCAAGUCGAUGGAUAACAACUUUGAAGCACGAAGCUGAGAAUCAAUUCAUAAUCAAUCAACACAUCAACGCUCAUGGUGGUGGGAUCUCAAGUUUGCUGAGGCUGGCUCAUAGAAUGAGCCAAACAUGUAUCAGUAACAUGAAUGUUUCCACCAAGAAAAACUGGAACUUGGUACAUAGUUUGGGUAGUGCUGAACCUAUAUAUCUUAAAUGGGACUACUUUCAAUACGAUUUGGGAAGACCAGAUGGUCAUGUCAUCAUGAUGGCGAGUUCUGUGCGGUCAUCUUUUACCGUAGAUCAUAUAUAUGACGCCCUUCGCUGUGCAGAAUGCCGCCCAAAGUGGGAUAUGGCUGUACUGAGAGGGUUCGCAAGGAAGGAUCUACAUGUACCCAUAGGCAACGAUCCAUCGACGGGUGUUUCUGUGUUGCAUAUCGAGAUUCCUGGAAUGGAUAACAUGAAGUGUUUACAAGCAUGCUUUACGGACUCGAUUGGCAUGUAUAUCGUAUGGACCUUCUUGCACAACGCAACGGUGUAUGCAAUGAUCGAAGGGGACGACCCUGAUAUCGUACCCAUCUUGGUUUUUGGAGCUGCUAUUCUCCCUUGGAACCCGAUAGCCGUAAGUGAAGGAAGCAUACUGACCUUGUCGUUUGAGAUUCGAGAUGAAUAUGAAGGUUCUUUACCCAUUCAACGAGAAGAAGCCCUCAACUUGUUGAUGACCAACACCAUAUCAUCGGUCAAUGCUCUGUGCGCACAACCUCCCGGAGAUGAUGGUUUUCGUCAUGAAGAUGAGGAAUACUUGAGUCUCUUCAACAAUCAUCAUAAAUAA